AUGUCUGACGUCUUCAUGUCUUUCAACAAGAUCUUGGGCCAACGCCAACGUGCUACUAUGGCUUAUCGACCCCAAGCUAAUGGAUUCGGAGAGCGUAUGGAUCUGGAUCAAAGUGAUUGGGAUGAGUACGCGGAGAGACUCACCUUCGUGAUUAACACCGCAAGGGAUCGGGUCCAGGGUGAAACCCCUUUCUACAUGAUACAUGGCUGGGAUCCUAGAUCUACUCUGGAAGCGGUGAUCCCGGUAGGAAGCACUCACAGACACGAUCGAGAUCCAAGAAGGUGGCAAUAUCAGAUGCAAAAGUAUUACCAACAGGUUCGAGAACAAGUCAACCAACGUUUACGCGAAGCGAUCGCGGAUCGAGCCGAUACACAUAAUGAUCUGGAACGCCUACAUACUGUUGGGGCCGGAUCUAGAGUCUGGCUGUACUUAUAUCGAGUGCGUGAAGGAUACGCGAAUAAACUGGCGCACUUAUGGCAUGAGCCGUUUCGCGUCGCUGAAAAUGAGGUUGGAGAUUCCUGGGUCAACGUACAGCAUCUUUCCGGUGGUACAUGGUUCGAAGAUCAAACCGGUCAGGAUUUUCCAGAUCAGCCUGUAGCUCGCCUAGAGGAGUCGGAUGCAGAUCGAAUUGACUUCGAUGAAGCUCUCUUACCUGAAGGCAGUUGGAUCCAAGAUCGACAUCCAAACGAAUAUGAAGUAGACCGAAUUCCCGAUAUGAGGACUGGUCCGACUUGGGUGGAUGAAGCAGAUCUCAACUGUGGCGCCUUCCUCUAUGCGUUUAUGCAAUACCGCACUAACCGUAACCGGUUUGGUGUGAUGCAGUCUCAUGAGAACCGUGAGAUCUGGAUACACACUGAUGAGUCGGUCAUUGGCGUGGUUGAAGGUCGAUGGAUCUGCUAG